AUAAAGUGCUCAAUUAAAUAAACAGAUAAAAUACACAGGAAUAAUGAGAAUUAACAUUCAUAUUUUACCACCAUUCACGAUUGUUUUUUCCCUCAUCCCUUGCUCCCUCUACAUCUUCACAAAGCCCAGUAGCCCACCGCCUACACUCCCAUUUGGCGUCUUCUGUCUGCCUUCCCCUCACCACCCAGGCGCCGGCCGGUGAUCCUAGAUGCCUCAGGCGACACCGGACUUUUGACAAGUGGAGGCUUGAACCGUCGGUUCCUUUAAUCUCUUUAGGUUAGUAAAUUUCAUCCUUUUUUCUUUUUAAGUUUGUAUUGUUAGAUUAUUCGUUGGACCUGAUCUUUCGUAUACUCAUAGUUUUCAUUACCCAUAAAUAGUCUAGGGUUUUCUAAGGGUUUUUUGUUGCAAGAAAAAGGUAGUAUAAAAGAGAAUUAAAAAUGGAUGAUUAUCAAGAAGUGGAGAGAUUUGGGAUGGAUAAUGAUUUUGAGGGUGGGCAGUUUAUAGGGGAUGAAUUUUUUUAUAAGAAACGUAAAGAAAAAUCAGUUCAAACUAGGGAUGAUGUAUUGUAUGGUGUAUUUGCAUCUGGUAGCUCAGAUUCAGAUUAUGAUGAUGACUCCUUUUCUGGGAAGAAGAAGAGGAGAAAAGGGGGGAUUGUUAAGAAGCAUGAUUAUUCGAAACCUGUAAAUUUUGUUUCUACUGGUAUUGUUGCUCCUAAUCAAGAGAUUGAUCGAAAUGCGAAAGAGGGUAUUGAAAAGCCUAGUGAUGAGGAUCCGGAUGAUGGGUUUAAACCCGGGCUUGGGCUUGGAGCUGGGCCGAAUUCUGGUGCUGGGUUAGGGUUUGGGUUAGGUUCAAGAAAUAGGGCUGAGAAAAGUUCGAGUAGCAAGAGGCUAGACGAUGGGGUAGCGGAGGAGGAGGAUUUGUUUUUGCCAACUGCUUUUGGGAAGAUGAUUAAGGAAGGGGCAGAGAAGCGACGUGAGAUGGCAAAAUUGUCUGGGGGGCGUAAGUCAAAAUCAGGAGGGGGAGUUGGAAGGAAAAUUAAAGACGGAAAAGGGGGAGAUGUCGGGAGUUUUGAGAAGCAUACAAAAGGAAUUGGGAUGAAAUUGAUGGAGAGUAUGGGGUAUAAAGGUGGUGGUUUAGGGAAGAAUGCGCAAGGUAUUGUUGCUCCUAUUGAGGCAAAGUUGAGGCCGAAGAAUAUGGGGAUGGGGUUUAAUGAUUACCAGGAAAGCAAAAACUUGCCGAGCUUGGUGGAUGUGCCUCCACCUCCCGAAUUGGAGGAAAAACAGCAAUUGUCUAAGCAGAGGGAAGAAAAACUAUGGAAAAAACAGGCUCGAGCUCGUGCUAAGAAGAAAGAGAACAUUAUUACGCCAGAUGAGUUGUUGGCUUUGAAAGCAGAGGCACAAGGGCCAGAUUUGGUACUUCAGAAGGUUGUGGACAUGAGGGGACCCCAGGUUCGGGUGUUAACAAAUCUGGAAAAUCUGAAUGCAGAGGAAAUGGCGAGGGAAAACGAUAUUCCCAUGCCAGAGUUGCAGCACAACAUUAGAUUAAUAAUCGACUUGGUAGAGCUUGACAUUCAGAAGAUCGACAGGGAUUUGAGAACUGAGAGAGAGACUGCCGUUGCAUUGCAAAAGGAAAAGGAAACGCUUCAGAUAGAAGUUGCUCGUCAGACGAAGCAGAUUGAUUCAAUGGAGGAAGUAGUUCAGGUUCUAGAAAGCAUUGAGGAGGAGCAUAUGUCAGGGAGGUUGACUUUAGAAUCCCUUGCAAAAUCCUUUUGGGACCUGCAAAAUAAGUUCCCUGAGGAAUAUAAACUUGGUAACUUGUCUUGUAUGGCAUGCUCCUUUGCUCUUCCUCUGUUGAUUAGAGUGUUCCAAGGAUGGGAUCCACUUAUGAACCCAUCCCACGGCAUGGAUGUGAUGAGUCGUUGGAAAGGUUUAUUGCAGGGAGAUGAAGAUAAUGACCUAUUUGAAGAUGCGUCUGCCCCUUAUUCGCAGCUGGUGGCCGAAGUAGUGUUCCCUGCUGUUCGAAUAGCAGGUAUAAACACAUGGCAGGCUAGAGAUCCAGAGCCUAUGCUUCGAUUUCUCGAAUUAUGGGAGAAGCUCCUUCCACCUUCUGUGUUACAGUCACUGCUUGAUAUGAUUGUGAUGCCUAAGUUGUCUGAAGCUGUGAAUUCUUGGGAACCAUGUAGGGAAACAAUACCAAUCCAUGUCUGGGUGCAUCCAUGGCUUCCAUUGCUUGGUCAAAAGCUGGAGACACUCUAUCAAGGGAUCCGUUUAAAAUUAGGAACUGUCCUAUAUAAAUGGCAUCCUAGCGAUAAGUCUGCCUUUACUAUCUUAUCCCCCUGGAAGACAGUAUUUGAUGCUGCAAGUUGGGAACAACUUAUUGUACGAUCCAUUCUUCCCAAGUUGAUAGAUGUGAUGCAGGAAUUUCAGGUGAAUCCUGCUAAUCAGAUACUCGAACCUUUUCAUUGGGUAAUGACCUGGGCUUCUUCAGUUCCCAUACAUCACAUGGUCAACUUACUUGAGAUACACUUCUUUAGCAAAUGGCAGCAAGUCCUGUACCAUUGGUUGUCAACAAGUCCAAACUUUGAAGAGGUCAUGCAGUGGUACCUUGGAUGGAAAGAGCUUAUCCCUCCUGAACUUUUGGCUAAUGAACGUGUCAGGAACCAACUAAACCUAGGCUUGGACAUGAUGAACCGAGCUGCUGAAGGUUUGGAAGUGGUUCAACCUGGAGUGAAGGAGAACAUUAGCUAUUUGAGGAUUCAAGAACAAAGACAAUAUGAGGCUCAGUUGAAGGCUGCUCAGCAAACAAAUAGUGUGCCUAAGAACGUGAAAGAAGUAGUCGAGGCUUACGCACAGCAGCAUGGCUUGCACUUUAAGCCUAAACCUGGAAGAUUUCAUAAACAUCAUCAAGUAUAUAGUUUUGGUAGUGUUAACAUUAUUGUGGAUUCCUUCAAUGAACAGAUCUUUGCUCAAGUCCAGGAAGAAUGGCCAUUAGUAACUCUUGAUAAACUUGUAGAAAUGCAGAAUAUUUCUGGUUCAAGACGCCGCUGAGCUGUGGCAGUAGGCUCAUACCUUUCUAUACUUAGACUGGUUGGAUGUUAUAGUACUAUGUUCAUGUGUAUGCAUAUCUAUUAGUGCAGUUGUUUAGUGCAAAUGAAUGUUGUAGAUACUUGGUGUUGAUAUCUUUGUCUUGAAGUAGUUAGUUUAUAUUACUCAUGGAAUUGGGAAUCUGAAGUGUUGGUAAUUCUUUUUGCUUUCCAAUUCCUCAAUUUAGUUCAGUUAAGACUUAAGGGUCCAAUUGCUAAUAACGAUAACAUAAUCAACAAUUAAGAGUAUUUGUAUUCUCGUCAUUUUAGAACAUUUGCAAUAACCAGUAAGUGAUGUCCUGCAACUUAUGGAAAUUUGUUUGUCUCAUUGAAAGAUCUAUUCUAGGCUCAGUCUAUUAAAACUUAAUUAAAUUAAAAGUUGAUAAUAGGAUGUUCAAAUUAGGAAUAGUCUUUUAAAGAGAUCGUCUUUUACAAGAACUUGUGAAUUUGUUUUGGGUUGGAGAGAGAAGGGAAGGAUAUAUGAUGAUCAUGUCAAGGAUUUUUAUUACUGACUCUUAAACUUUGAUUAAAUUUAAUUUACACAAUUGAUUAAAAGUUUAAAGCAUGAGAUCAGUGUUGAGACGUGUCUUGUUGAGUCAGUUCAAUAAUUAUUUAUUUACAAACUUUAAG